GGGAAGGAGGCGUCCAGUCCAGCUCUCUAUAACUCGGUGCCACAGGAGCUGAGCAAUGCCACAACCACGUUUCUGCAGCUGGAAGAGUUUUACUGGACUAUAAGCUCAGCGAAGCCGUGCGUUCCCAGAACGCGCACACGUCAGUUUCUCUGUUGGGACAGAAAAAAAAAAAGUCCAACAGAGGAUUCUUUCUUUUCUUUUCUGGAGCGCUGCUUUUCACCAUGAGCGCCGGACAGACCUAUGAGAAGAAGAUUGCGAGUAUUUUGACCGAUCUUCCCGGAUCUAUGAGUUGCCACCCGAACUCAAAGGAUUCCCCUACUCUUCCCGAGUCUUCGGUGACGGACAUGGGCUACUACAGCGGACAGACCUCCCACGGCCACCACGAGUAUUAUCAGAGUCAGCCAUACGGACAGCCCAUGAACUCUUACCACCACCAAUUUAAUAUAAAUGGAAUGGGAGCCGCCGGAGCGUACGCCACCAAAUCUGAAUACCCAUACACGAAUAGCUACAGACAGUAUGGACAUUACAACAGAGAUCACCUGCAGGCCUCACCUCCGGGCUCAGUGAAAGAAGAACCAGAGCCAGAGGUCCGCAUGGUAAACGGAAAACCAAAAAAGAUUCGCAAGCCGAGGACGAUCUACUCCAGCUACCAGCUCGCUGCUCUGCAGAGGCGCUUCCAGAAGGCGCAGUACCUCGCCCUGCCCGAGAGAGCGGAACUGGCGGCCCAGCUCGGCCUCACUCAGACACAGGUCAAGAUCUGGUUCCAGAACCGGAGAUCUAAGUUUAAGAAGCUGUAUAAAAACGGGGAGGUUCCAUUGGAGCACAGUCCCAACGCCAGUGACUCCAUGGCCUGUAACUCACCACCUUCUCCCGCAGUCUGGGAUAAUAGCAACCCUCAAAGCACACCGAUCAGUCGGCCUCAGGUGCCGCAGCCGACGCACAGCUCGUCGCCUCCCUACCUGGAGGAUUAUAACAACCACUGGUACCAGCAGGGAUCCCACUUACAACACCCGGGCACCGUUCACCACUCAGUCCCGCAGCAAAGCGUGGGAGCUGUUUAUUAACACGGACUGAGAAGCAGAUACUUUGCUUUUAUUUUUGUCAUUUUCUCUCCCUUUUUUUUUUUUUUUUUUUUUUUGUUUUGGCGAAGGAGGUCUCUCCACAACUGACUCUAAAGAGCAAAUACUGACUGGAACCGGAGCAGGCCUGAAAUGAAAAGUUGUUUUUGGUUUUGGAUGAACAAGAAUGUUUCAGAGCUGGGUUUCCAUUCAUAAAGCACAUAAAGGGAUUUCUAAUCACUUUUGGCAGCAUAUUUAACGGACAUCUGGCGUGUUAUCUUUUAAAUUAUUUAUAGCCUCUGAUGUAUGUAUACUUUACUCCUUUUGUAAAUGAAUAUGCAAAGUUUUUUUUUAACAAGUAGCCGAAACACCACCCGAAUAAUAACAAAACGGUGCAUUUGACCCAUGCUAAAAUCAAAUCAUGCACAUGGGCGUCAAAUAAAUUAAAAACUCAGGACAUAUUUAUAUGGAUUUGUACAAAAAAUAUCGAAGGUUGUAAAUACGUGUUUAUAUCCAGAACCACUAUGAUCAUAUUUGUUAGACUGCACUGUGGUGCUUUCAAGACCAUUUUUAUAUUCAUGUAAUUAGUAAACUUGUUGCCUUUCUGUCUGAUAAAUAAAAGAUGCUAACUGUA